AUGCGAGCCAGCACACCAGUAUAUGGCAAGGGUGCCAGCACAACAGUGUAUGGCAAGGAUGCCAGCACACCAGUUUAUGGCAAGUGUGCCAGCACACCAGUGUGUGGCAAGCGUGCCAGCACACCAGUGUAUGACAAGCAUCCCAGCACACCAGCGUGUGGCAAGGGUGCCAGCACACCAGCGUGUGGCAAGAGAGCCAGCACACCAGUGUACGGCAUGCGUGCUAGCACACCAGUACAUGGCAAGGGUGCCAGCACACCAGUAUAUGGCAAGGGUGCCAGCACACCAGUGUAUGGUAAGCCUGCCAGCACACCAGUAUGUGGCAAGCCUGCCAGCACACCAGUGUGUGGCAAGCGUGACAGCACACCAGUGUGUGGUAAGCGUGCCAGCAUACCAGUGUGUGACAAGCAUGCCAGCACACCAGUGUAUGGCAAGGGUGCCAGCACACCAGUGUAUGGCAAGGGUGCCAGCACACCAGUGUAUGGCAAGCCUGCCAGCACACCAAUGUGUGCCAGCACACCAGUGUAUGGCAAGGGUGCCAGCACACCAGUGUGUGACAAGCAUCCCAGCACACCAGUAUAUAGCAAGGGUGCCAGCACACCAGUAUGUGGCAAGAGUACCAGAAAACUAUUAUAUGGCAAUGGUGCCAGCACACCAUUAUAUGUCAAGGGUGCCAGCACACCAGUAUAUGGCAAGGGUGCCAGCACACCAGUAGUAUAUGGCAAGGGUGCCAGCACACCAGUAUAUGACAAGGGUACCAACACACCAGUAUAUUGCAAGGGUGCCAGCAUACCAUUAUAUGGCAAGGGUGCCAGCAUUCCAUUAUAUGGCAAGGGUACCAGCACACCAGUGUAUGACAAGGGUACCAACACACCAGUUAAUUGCAAGGGUGCCAGCACACAAUUAUAUGGCAAGGGUACCAACACACCAGUAUAUGGCAAGGGUGCCAGCAUACCAGUAUAUGGCAAGGGUACCAACACACCAGUAUAUGGCAAGGGUUCCAGCACAAUGUUGUUAACAAUUGUAUUGAAGAGAAACAAUUGUUAUUAUUAA